GGCAGCGCGGCGCCGUCAGACCGCAGGACAAGGCGGGCGUUGCGCGGGGAAGAGAGGGACUCCCAUCUCCCCACACAUCAGGUCGGCAGCAGAGCCCCUGUGCCAGGUUUGGACUCGGUGCCCAGGCAGGUUGUCGUGCUUAAGAUUGCCCUCUGGCCAUCGUUCAUACCCACGGGGCUUGUGGCUAUGCAGAGGCGCCGGACUCCGCUCUUUGCUCUUGUCAGUUCAUAGUGCACCCUGUCGUGGUGCAGGCUGCAGUGCGUCCCUGCCCACACAGUACAGACAGGCACAGAAGGACGUGGCCCUAGUUUCUGCACUUCAUCAGGAUGGUUGCUGCCCUAGUGUCAGAAAGGGCGUGUGUUAAUUACUCAGCAAAAAGCCUUUGAUAGUUUUUACUGAUUGUUCUUCCGAAACCAAAGGUGCACUUGGGUUUUUUGCUGACGCUAAAUGUCAAACAGAAGGAGAAGCGGCUGGAAUACAUCAGAAAACUGCUCAUCUUUAGUCAUACUUAGUAAAGCUCUAGACAUUUAAGUGGGUAGCAGUACUAUCGCUUAUAAUGUUAUCACUUAAGGCUCAGAAAUCUGGGGAGAAAUAUAAGUCACGCCUUUGGUGUCUUGUGCCCAAAAAGGAGCAUUAGGAUAAACGGAGAUCUUCUAUCCUUUGUCAGUCCCACAUUAACCCCAAAAUGGAGGGAUCUGCACCUUUCUUUGGAACAUGGGAAGGAAGGCUGGAUGGUUGCCAACAGUUUGUGUUCCAUUUAGUGAGUGUACCAUGGUGGCCUGCUGCACUCUUGGAUUUGACCGCAGCUUGCUCUUCAUUAAAAAUGUUUAUUUAAAUGAUGUGUUUAAAAACAUUUGAGAACAUUUAUUUUUGGAUGCUAAAGUGGAAAAGGCCCCAAAACGUUUUUGAAGGGUGCUUGAAAACUGUUUAUAGGAAAAGGCACUUGAAGCAAGGCAGUGGGGUUGAGGAUCCCAGUGGCUGAGAGGAGGAGGUGACAGGGAGUCUGUGCAGAGGUCAGUGAGGGAAAAUUGUAAAGCAGUUGUUAGAGGAAGAUGUUCUUCAAAGAGAUGUUGAUCUCUGCUUGCUGUUGCUUUUUCUUCUUGUUAUGCUUUUAGUAAACAAUGGAGUCAAACAUAAAAGAGAAUGAACAUUUUCAAAGCCAAUUUAAGGCUUAUCAAGAACAACAGCAAAAGCGGCUGCGAAAUCUAAUGGAGAAGAAGGAAAAGCAGAAUGGUCAGAAGGGUGAUAAUGGCAAUACAAAGGAGACUUUCAGAAUCCCUAAUGAUCUAAACCUCUUUGAAGCAGGACGACCUUUAAAUGAAGAUGGUGGCAAAAGGUGUCUUGAGGUUGAGAAUAAGCAGCUCCAGGAUCAGCUUCGGGAAGUCCGAGAUGAGAACUGCAGACUGUACAAACUGUUGACAGAUAAAGAUUUUGAAAUAAAGCAACUCCAGAAAAAAAUACAGGAGGACAGAUUGGCUUUAACAGGGGCGUCUGGUUUAGCUGGAGAUGUUGCAGCCACUAAAAUAGUUGAAUUAGCCAAAAAGAAUCGUGAGAUAACUGCUGAGGCUGAGACUGAAAAAGCCAAAGUGAAGCAACUGAAUAACAAAGUCAAAGAGCUGGAAAGAGAAUUACAGACAGCCGUAGAAAAAAUGCAUUGUCUUGGUGGUGAUGAUGCAGGAAUCAAGCAAUCAACUCUGAAGAUGAUAGAAGGAAACUUGGCUGAAAGUCCAGAGGUGAAAGCAUUGCAAGAAAAAUUAACUGCAGCCAACUUUAAAGUGAUGGAAUAUCGUAAUCAACUCCAGUCUGCAAAGCAGGAACUGAAGAUGACCCAAAAGCUUUUAGCAAAUGAAGUUGGUGAAGAUGUGAAUAUUCAAAGUCUGUUGACCAAUUCUGGCAGCUGGCGUGGACGAGCCCAGCAAAUUCUUGUCCUCCAAAGCAAGGUUCGAGAGCUGGAGAAUCAGUUGGGUCAAAGCAAGACCAGAAAAUCACCGAGCAAGGUUGAUGAGGAAUUGCUGGCAGUUAUUGAUCCAAGGAAGUUAUCAGCCCAAGAGAAGAACUUGCUGAAGAUUCGCAGCUUAGAAAAAGAAAAGAAAGAAACUUUGGAGAAACUCACUGGGGAAUAUGAUGUUCUCAAAAAGAGUCAUGAGGAAGUGAAAAAAACCCUUGACGCAUCAAAAGCCAGGAACAAAGUACUGUGCAGUGAAGUGAAAACCCUGAAGGGACAGAUCGUAAUCCUGUUGGAGAAAGGAAAACAUGACAAUGAGCUCAUAGACGCCUUACUGGCCCAGCAGAAGCAAAUGCAGGAGAUCUUAAAGCAUCUGAGCCAUCAGGAUGAGGAGAACAAGGAGUCCAAGCACAUGCUAGGGCAGAAUUUGAACAGUGAGGUUCAGAAACAAAACUGCCUUAUAGAGCAGCUCAGACAAGUGGUGACUGAACGAGAAGCAAUGGUUAAAGAGCUAGAAGAGGAGAUUGGGCAACUCACACUUCAGCUGAAAUCUGCCUAUGAAGGGGACAGUUUGGGAGCUGCUGAACCACCACCUUCUGAGUCCUCAGAUUCAGGUUCUACUCUGCUUAAGCCUAUGGCAUCAGGCAGCAAUCAAGUUGGAAGGACUGGAUCUGCUCGCACAGUGUCCAAGAUGGGCCAUACACUUGUAGAGUCAGCAGCUACUUUCCAUCUCAGUAAUAACAUCACACCUGGAAGGCUUGCUGGCACUAACAGCCUGGAUUUGAAAGUACUGCAGACACAGAUCACAGAGCACAAGGCUCUGUGCCAGGCUGCUGAAGUGGAAAGAGACAGGCUCCUGGAACUGGUCACUGUGCUGCAGAAAAGGGUGGAGGAAAGCAGCAAUAAAAUCUUGGCAGCUGAGAAGAGUCUUCAGGAAGAGCGGCAGCGAUGUGUCAUCCUGGAGCAGCAGCUUGAAAAACUGCAAAUGGAUGCAGGGAGUGACACAAGUGAACAGAAAUCCCCCAUGAGGAGCAAAACAGGACAGACUGUGAGUCACUCGAGGCUCACCUUGGAUGUCAGUGAUAGCAAGGAGUUCUCUGCAGCUCAGCUUUCCAAGUUGCCUAUAGAAUUGAAGGUAGAGGAACUGAGCAGAAGGCUUGCGAUGCAGCUGAAUGAGAACAAAUCUCUGAAGGCUGCUUUGGAGACUGCCCUGAGAAAGAAAGAGGAAGACUUUAAACUGUAUCAAGACACAAUGGGCCAAGUGAAGGAUAUCUUUUUACAGGCCAUUCAGCAGCAGAAAUAGGAGAAGAGUUAAGCAAGAUAUUCAAGAGUUGUUUGUACUGCAAAGCAGGGAGAGAACUCAGGCAUCGUGCCCAUGAAAUGAAAUGCAGUGGCAGUCUAGUUUUGCAGCCUCAGAUCAUGUAAUUUCUUAGCAUUUGCAGAAGAGGAUGAGAAGUGGAGAUAAAAUACAAAAAGAGUGAAGGUUUUGCAUGUCAGCAAAUUCUUUCUUUAAGAGUUAGCUAACCAGCAACUGGCUCUCAAACUGCACAUGCCAUAGGUUGAUGCAGUUUAGGAAGCUGCAGGUCUGCAGUGUGAUUUUAGACAAAACCUCCCUAGUUUCAACAGAAUUUUCAUCAAAAAUAUUCAAUUCGCUGCUGCCUUUAUCAGCUCUUGAAGGAGUUUGCUCUAUAAAAGUUGUGCCAGCCCCCUUCCAAAUUUGUGCCAGGAGCAAACCAAGUUCUGUUUUUAUCAGCACAUUGAUACCUGUCUCAGGCUUUCUGUAGCACAUAAGUGCUAAGGGAGAGAUUUAGCCUGCCCUGUGAAUAUUUGCAAGCGAAUUUCGCGUGGGCUCCACUUACCAUUCCAACCUGUUUCUUAGCUUGAACAUAUUGGCAGCAGAGUUUUCUGAAACUCAGUGGAGUUUCCACUGAAAAGGUAGACUGUGCAGAUUACCCCUGCAAUCAGUCAGACCUACCUUAAAUUAGUUUAUACCAUAUGAAAUUUGCCAUCCAGGUUAAGAAUUCCCUAUUCCUGUGUCCCUGCAUUCACCUGUUACGCAGGUCUUCUCACUAGAAAGAAAUGCUAACAAAACUCAGGCAGGUCCUCACUGCAGUAGUGGUGGGACUUUUGGAGAUGCUGAAAACCCUUUUGUCUCUGUCCUUGUCUCUUGCAGCAUGGUGAGAACACCAAGCGCAAGCUAAUAAGGCAUUAGCAUGCAGCCUGCCAGCAGAGAGCUAGCCUUGGGGAUUACAAGCAAGUGGAGAGCUAGCCAUUUUUGUAUAGUGCUGCUUUGUUUCCUGGUGGAAAGUCUUGAAAGCUCUUCUUUUUCUGC